AUGGCUACAGGCCACUCGAACGGCCGCAAGCGUACGUACAGUAGCGAGACGCACUCGAAGAUGCAGCGCAGGCCGAAGGACGCGCCGAGCGGUACCGCUGCUGCGCUCUCGAGUUCGGGCUCGACGCUGUCUGCCAGCACAGCCGAAGCAAUGGCCAAAGCGAAAGGCAGUAGUGGGGACGCGACGCGCGCAGUGGACCCCGCGAGUCAACUGGUGGCGCUCCUGAGCGAAGCGAAUGUGGCGUGGUACGACGUCGAGCCGAAGCUCAAGCCGAAGCUCAAGCUCAAGAGCCACGACGCAGCGGAGCCGCUGCAAGCGUCGGACCAGUGGGUGCAGACGCUCAAGCGGCAGGCGCAGCAGCUGUUGGAGCAGGAAGUGACGCGGUUCGAGGCGCACAAGAAGAGUUGCAAGUUGUCCAGCGACGACAAGUACUUGGCGACAAUGAUGAAGUCCGGCACGCUGUCGGACAGAGUUGCUGCACUCACGCUCACGUCCCAAGCCUCGCCGCUGCACUCGUUGUUGCGCUUGAGUCAGCUCAUCACGAUGGCCAGCAAGAAGGCUCGUCGCGAGAGUCUCAUGGCGAUCGACUCGCUCAAAGAUCUGUUUCUAAACACGUUCUUGCCCGAGAACGCCAAGCUGCGGUUUUUCCACGAGCAUCCACUGCGUGCCGCCCAGUCGUCGCCCGCUCAUUUGCUGCUGUGGUUCUUUGAGCACUGUCUCAAGACGGCCUACGCGCAACUUACGAGUGUCUUGGCAGCCGGAAUGGACGACGCUGUCGACAGCUACAAACGUGCGUGCCUACGGGCGGCCAACGCCUUGUUACGAGCUAAACCUGAGCAAGAAGCUGUGCUGUUGACCAUGCUGGUCAACAAACUUGGAGACCCAGAUCGCAAAAUUGCAGCGUAUUUGCACCGUAUGCUGCAGACACUGCUGCGAGAACACCCGGCUAUGAAGCGCGUGGUAGUAGAUGAGGUCGAGCGACUGCUUACCCGUCGAAGAGUGUCAGAUCGCGCAAAGUACAACGCUGUGCUAUUUCUGAACCAGAUUUUUCUCGAGGGCAAUGGAGCAGAUGCCGAUCUCGCUGGUCACUUGAUCUCGGUGUACUUCGGUCUGUUUUCCAAAGCUGUGCAUCGAAAUGAUGGUGGAAUGAAGCAGACGCUGAAGACAAAGAUAACAUCAGGUGCGAAAAAGACGACGAAGAAGAAGAAAGAAGUGGCGAGCGUUGGUGCGGAAGAGGCCAUGGACCGGAAGCUUCUGAGUGCGCUGCUCGUGGGUGUCAAUCGUGCAUUUCCAUACGCGAAUGCCACAAUGGCGAGCUUGACCGAGGAGGUCGACGCGCUGUUUCAAGUUGUACACCGUGCCCACCAUAGCACGAGUGUGCAAGCUCUCAUGUUGCUGUUUCAGGUCAUGAAGAGCACCGACUCAGUUUCCGAUCGGUUUUACACUGCGCUGUACGACAAGCUGAUUGAUCCUAAGGUGCGCGAGACUUCCAAGCACACGCUUUUUCUGAAUUUGGUGUUUCGUGCCAUGAAGGCAGAUGUGUCACCUGCGCGUAGCAGUGCGUUUAUGAAGCGUUUGCUGCAGCUUGCUAGCGCGAUGCCGCCGGCUUUCACAUGUGCUGUACUGUUCUUGCUAUCUGAAUUACUCAAGGCGAAGCCCCAGCUUCGUACGUUGGUGGACCAGCCCGAGGGUGGUUCGGGGAAUGGCGACGUUGCGGACUUGGAGCACUUUUGCGAUGCUGACAAGGAUAGUCGUGGAUUGGAUUGUGAUGAAGAAGAAUCAUGUGAAGAGGGGACUACUACAGAAGAAGCUGGGUUGCAGACGCAAGACGAUGGUGUAACGGACGCAGAGCGCUCAGCUAAGAUCCUGGCCCAGAUGUUUGGCGAGACUGACACAGUGGGUGAGAAAUCCAAGAAAGCUGUCGUGGUAAGCUAUGACGUCGAAUCUACUGCUACGAGCACCGACUGCAGGAAGACUGCAGCUGUUGCGAAUGGAUGCAGCUACGACGCGUCUAAGCGUAAUCCGCUUUUCUCUGGUGCUGAGACCACUUGCGCUUGGGAGCUGGACAUGUUGGCGCACCACUACCAUCCGUCCGUGCAGAGUUUCACUCGACAGCUUCUCGACAACAAGGGUAUGGGCAUCCAGUACAGCGGAGACCCGUUGGUGGACUUUACGAUGCACGCUUUUUUCGAGAAGUUUGUCAACAAGAAGCCACGCCACAAAGUGGCUGAGAUGCGUGGCAAUACUGGGGCAAAGGCGAAGAACUGGACGUUCGCACCCAUUAAUACGGAGACUGUGCUGCAAGAGAACGAGGCCAACGUCGACGCAAGCGAUCGCUUUUUUUACAAGUUUUUCAAAGAACGUGCUUCUCGUGCUGCAGAGCAUUCCGGUAGCCACCGUACCAAGAAGGUGAAAAAUGAGCGUGACGGCGACGUAUUAUCUGCCAUGGAGAAUGACGAUGAAAGCGACGAAGAGAUCGAGGCUUACGCGCAGGAGUUGGCCGAAGGCAUCAUGGAAGACGGUAACCUGGACGAUGAAGACCCUGAUAUGGGCAAUUGGAGUGAUUCGAGCGAUGCUCAGGACCCGGCACUCGAUGUCGCCGACGAAAAGAUGGAGGGGCCGCAACGUGUCGUAACAAGCGCUAUCGAUGAGGAAAGCGACGACGAAGAGCACGAUAGUGACGUCGAGGAUGCAUUCGACUUCUCAGUCACGGGCGCGAUGGAUAGUGACGAUGAUGUGCUUCAAGAGGAGCUGCAACUGUUGGAUGCGAAGCGAAAGAAACAGACUCCGCCCAAGGCGGGCGAGAAGCGCAAGGCCAUGUUUGCGAGCGCCGAUGACUACGACCAGAUUGUGAAGAAAGCUAUGGCCAAGCAAGCGACGAGCCGCAAACAGACAAAGCGCGAGAAGAUGAGCAAGCCGCGAAAAUAG